AUGGUAAUCGAUUCUCUGCUGAAACUGAAAAUUCUCUCUCUCAACGGGGCAUCAACGGAGAAAGUGACCUUGGGUCCACCUUCAGGGACUCUGAGAACAGUCGACGAGAUCAAUACCGAUUCAUGCCAGAAGUCUGGUACCCUCGAAAUAUUCCUCGCACCAGUUCCACAAACCUCCACAAAAUAUUGA